AACAGUCGUGAAAUGCGGCGUCUGGUGGGCAGCGGCAGUGGUGCAGGCGGCAGGAGCUGAUCUCGUCGGCUGGCUUUCAGAUCGACAGUCUGCACAAUGGGAGGCUCCUCCCCUCUUCUUCUUCUUCUUCUUCUUCUUCUUCCAGUUGCCUUCUUCCUUCUCUUCCUCCCCCUCGCUCACUCCAAAACUGUCAAAAGAGACGUAAAAGCAUUGAACGAGAUCAAGGCCUCGCUAGGAUGGAGGGUCGUCUAUUCCUGGGUAGGAGACGAUCCUUGCGGCGAUGGGGAUCUUCCUCCGUGGUCGGGAGUCACAUGUUCCCAGCAAGGAGAUUACCGGGUCGUGACGGAAUUGGAAGUUUAUGCUGUAUCAAUAGUCGGCCCGUUUCCAACUGCUGUUACGAACCUCCUGGAUUUGACUAGAUUGGAUCUUCAUAAUAACAAGUUGACUGGGCCCAUCCCUCCUCAAAUUGGACGGCUGAAGCACGUCAAGAUAUUGAACCUGAGGUGGAAUAAGCUUCAAGACGUUCUUCCACCUGAGAUCGGUGAACUAAAGAAAUUAACACACUUGUACCUGAGCUUUAACAACUUUAAAGGCGAAAUUCCAGUAGAGCUUGCCAAUUUACCGGAACUUCGUUAUCUCUAUCUCCAUGAGAAUCGCUUUACAGGAAAAAUUCCUCCUGAACUGGGGAAUCUCAAACACUUAAGACACCUUGAUGUUGGUAACAACCACUUAACUGGAACACUUAGAGACUUCGUCCGCAGUGGGGAUGGUUUCCCCUCGCUUCGUAAUUUAUACCUAAACAAUAACCAUUUGAGUGGAGGAUUGCCAGAUCAGCUCGCGAAUCUGACGAACCUCGAAAUCCUGCACCUGUCAUACAACAAGAUGAUUGGAGCAGUAACUCCUAAGCUUGUCCAAAUUCCGAGAUUAACGUAUUUGUACUUGGACCACAAUUUGUUUACUGGGAGGAUCCCCGAAGGAUUAUACAAACAUCCUUUCCUAAAAGAAAUGUAUAUCGAAGGCAACCAAUUCAAGCCCAGUGCAAAGCCGAAGGGUACGCAUAAGGUGCUUGAAUUAGCCGACACGGAUUUUUUGUUCUAGUUUUUUUCCCCCCCUUUCGAAUAUUUUUUGUUCAUAUGGAAGCUUUCUUAAUAUCAGCAGUGUGUUGUGGUACACAUUCCAGAACAUAAGAAUCAACAAAAUGGUUCCUGAGUUGAUUGAUUUAUUUGAGGUCUCUUGAUUCUGAA